AUGAACAGAUUAUUCGGUAGCAAGGCUGCAACGCCAAAGCCAAGUUUGCAAGAUGCGAUCACGAGUACGGAAACACGCGCAGAUGGCGUAACGCAAAAGAUUAAAAAACUUGAUCAAGAAUUGGCAAGAUAUCGUGAUCAAAUGAAAAAGAUGACUUCUGGACCGGGAAAGAAAGCUGUUGAACAAAGAGCUUUGCGUGUCUUACGUCAGAAGCGACUAUACGAAGGUCAACUAGAUCAAUUAUAUCAACAAUCCUAUAAUAUGGAACAAGCAACAAUGACUACUGAAAAUCUAAGGAACACAAUGGCAACCGUUGAUGCGAUGAACAGUGCAAAUAAAGAAAUGCGAAAGACAUACGGUAAAAUUGAUUUGGACAAAAUUGAACGUGUUCAAGAUGAUAUGGAAGAUAUGAUCGAACAAGCAAAUGAAGUUCAAUCAACCCUUGGAAGAUCUUAUGGUGUUCCGGAUGAGAUUGACGAAGAUGAACUUCAAGCUGAAUUGGAUGCUCUAGGAGAUGAUCUUGGAGAGGAGCUAGGAGAAACACCUUCCUAUUUGACUGAAGGUGCAUCUGCUUUGCCAGAUGUUAGCAACGAGCCUCUGAACAAAGCUCCAGCAGAGCAAGAAUCCGCUCAGCCAGUUCGUGCCAUAUAG